AGCACCUUUUGUUGCUAAACGCUUUCUGUAGCAUCGAGGGGAGAGAGUCAUGUGGAGCUGGAAGAGCUCAUUUUGAAGAGAGGGGGCCCGGGAAGUUCCCUCCAAGUUCCAGAGGCACCGCGGUCACCCCGCGGGGCCCUGCCCAGACUUGCUGGAAGAAAUGGGUCGCGUGCCUGCUUAGUCGGUCCCCGUCCCAGGGAGAGACGCCUCUGCAGCGGGUUGCAUUGCUGCUGGUCUGCCAGAAUUCCCCGCCGUGAAACUCAGUGGUGCGAACUUUGCCUCUUGCUACCCCGUUGCCGAGACGAGCCGGGCUGGGAAAGUUUCUGGACUUGUCAGUCGCGCGGCCCGCCGCCAGCUAGAGUCGAGGUGCGGGCGCCUGCCAGGGGCUCCCGCCGGGUCGGAGGCCUGGGCAGCGGGGGAUGCGGCGCGGGGGCGCGGCUCGGUGGUGACGCGACGGGCGGGGACCGGCGCCAGGGGCCGGGCGCGCGCGGCUGCGGGGCCAGGGCGCCCCGGGGACCCGGCCAUGGAGGAAGACGCGGGAGCCGCGGGCGCGGCGCCGGAGCCCGAGCCCGCGCCGGAGCCUGAGGCGGGCGCUGGCAUGUCGGAGGCGUUCUCUCGGCUCUGGACCGACGUGAUGGGCAUCCUGGACGGCUCCCUGGGAAACAUCGAUGAUCUGGCACAACAGUAUGCAGAUUAUUACAAUACUUGCUUCUCUGACGUGUGCGAGAGGAUGGAGGAGCUGCGGAAACGGCGGGUUUCCCAGGACCUGGAUGUGGAGAAACCCGAAGCCAGCCCCACGUCACUUCAGCUGCGGUCCCAGAUCGAAGAGUCACUUGGCUUCUGUAGCGCCGUGUCAACACCAGAAGUGGAAAGAAAGAAUCCUCUUCAUAAGUCACACUCGGAAGACAGCUCUGUAGGAAAAGGAGAUUGGAAGAAGAAAAAUAAGUAUUUCUGGCAGAACUUCCGAAAGAAUCAGAAAGGAAUAAUGAGACAGACUUCAAAAGGGGAAGAUGUGGGUUAUGUUGCAAGCGAGAUAACGAUGAGCGAUGAGGAGCGGAUUCAGCUGAUGAUGAUGGUCAAGGAAAAGAUGAUCACCAUUGAGGAAGCACUUGCCAGGCUCAAGGAGUACGAGGCCCAGCACCGGCAGUCAGCUGCCUUGGACCCUGCCGACUGGCCAGAUGGUUCUUACCCCACAUUCGAUGGCUCAUCAAACUGCAAUUCAAGAGAACAGUCGGAUGAUGAGACCGAGGAGUCGGUGAAGUUUAAGAGGUUACACAAGCUGGUAAACUCCACUCGCAGAGUGAGAAAGAAACUAAUCAGGGUGGAAGAAAUGAAAAAGCCCAGCACUGAAGGCGGGGAGGAACAGGUGUUUGAGAAUUCCCCGGUCCCGGAUGAAAGGUCCGCCCUGUACUCUGGAGUGCACAAGAAGCCGUUUUUCUUUGAUGCCUCUCCUGAGAAACCGCCAGAAGAUGAUUCAGACUCUCUCACCACUUCUCCAUCAUCCAGCAGCCUGGACACCUGGGGUGCUGGCCGGAAGCUGGUCAAAACCUUUAGCAAAGGAGAGAGCCGGGGCCUGAUCAAACCCCCCAAGAAGAUGGGGACGUUCUUCUCCUAUCCAGAGGACGACAAGGCCCAGAAGGUGUCCCGCUCCCUCACUGAGGGGGAGAUGAAGAAGGGUCUCGGGUCCCUGAGCCACGGGAGAACCUGCAGUUUUGGAGGAUUUGACUUGACAAAUCGUUCUCUGCACAUUGGCAGUAAUAACUCUGACCCAGUGGGUAAAGAAGGAGAUUUUGUGUAUAAAGAAGUAAUCAAAUCACCCACUGCCUCCCGAAUCUCCCUUGGGAAGAAGGUGAAAUCAGUGAAAGAGACAGUGAGGAAGAGAAUGUCUAAAAAAUACAGCAGCUCUGUCUCUGAGCAGGAUUCAGGCCUUGAUGGAAUGCCGGGCUCCCCUCCAUCCUCUCAGCCUGACAGCGAACACAUGGACAAGCCCAAGCUCAAGGCCGGAGGGUCUGUGGAGAGUCUGCGGAGUUCUCUGAGCGGUCAAAGCUCAAUGAGUGGUCAAACAGUGAGCACCACCGAUUCCUCAACCAGCAACAGGGAGAGUGUCAAGUCGGAAGACGGUGACGACGAGGAGCCCCCGUACCGGGGCCCGUUCUGUGGGCGCGCCAGGGUGCACACCGACUUCACACCCAGCCCCUACGACACAGACUCACUCAAGCUCAAGAAAGGAGACGUCAUUGAUAUAAUCAGCAAACCCCCCAUGGGCACCUGGAUGGGCCUGCUGAACAACAAGGUGGGCACGUUCAAGUUCAUCUACGUGGAUGUACUCAAUGAGGAAGAGGAGAAGCCCAAGCGCCCCACCAGGAGGAGGAGGAAAGGAAGACCCCCCCAGCCCAAGUCGGUGGAGGAUCUCCUGGAUCGCAUCAACCUCAAAGAGCACAUGCCCACUUUCCUGUUCAAUGGAUAUGAGGAUUUGGACACCUUUAAGCUCCUGGAGGAGGAAGACUUGGAUGAGUUAAAUAUCAGGGACCCAGAGCACAGAGCUGUUCUGUUGACAGCCGUGGAGCUGUUACAGGAAUAUGACAGUAACAGCGACCAGUCCGGAUCCCAGGAGAAGCUGCUGGUUGACAGCCAGGGCUUGAGUGGAUGCUCUCCACGAGACUCAGGAUGCUAUGAAAGCAGUGAGAACUUGGAAAACGGCAAGUCUCGGAAAACUGGCCUCCCUGCCAAGUCAUCAGCCGAGUCCAGCUUGAGGUCUUUCAACAGGAAUCAGCUGGGAAACUACCCAACCUUGCCUUUAAUGAAGUCAGUGGACGCGCUGAAGCCAGGAGGAGAGGGGAGGCUGGGCAGUGGUCUCAGCCCACACACCUCCAAGCGCUGCGAUCCCCCGUGUGCGACUGACUUGAAUAAAAACCGAAGGAGCCUCCCCAUUUCCAUCUGCCGGAGCUGUGAGACCCUGGAGGGCCCCCAGACUGUGGAGACUUGGCCCCGAUCCCACUCCCUGGAUGACCUUCAAGGAGAGCCCGAAAAAGAUGUGCCUCGCGAGGUGACAGAACCCUCCCCACAGACUGUACCCGAAGUGCCACAAAAGACAGCGCCCUCCAUCACAAAGGUUCAAAGCCCCAAACGCGAUUCUGCUGUUGACAAUGCAUUGCUACUGACCCAAAGCAAGAGAUUUUCUGAACCUCAGAAAACGACUACCAGGAAGCUGGAUGGCCCGAUGGCGGCCUUCUCACGUGGCACCUCCCCCCCUCCAUGUUUGCCCAAAACCUAUGAUGCCCAACUGCCUGCCGUUAAACAUGGUUUAACAAGGACGCCUCUUGAGGGUCACAGGAGAGGACUCGAUGUUGAAGGAACACAUCACCCCCCGGGCACCAAAGAAGGCGCAGAUGCUGAGCAGAGGGGCCCGGAGGCCAGAACACAGGCCAAACCUCCCGCCCAGCCUCCACCCGUUCCCGCCAAGAAGAGCAGGGAGCGCCUCGCCAACGGGCUGCAUCCUGUCCCUCCUGGUCCCCCCGGUGCCCCUGGCCCUGACGCACCCAGCCUACCCCUUAAAAAGGGCAGCCCCAGUGGCCCCAGCGACUGUCCCCCGCCGCCCGCGGCCAGGCCCCCCCCGGGGCCGGAGCCGGGUAGCCCGCCGAGCACCAGGCCGCCACCCUGGCUGUCAGAGCUGCCCGAGAGCGCCAGCCUCCAGGAGCACGGCGUGCGGCUCGGCCCCGCGCUGGCCAGGAAGGUCUCCUGCGCCCGUGGGGUGGACCUGGAGAUGCUCACCGAGAAUAAGCUGCGGGCCGAAGGCAUCGAUCUCACCGAGGAGCCCUAUUCCGAUAAGCAUGGCCGCUGUGGGAUUCCUGAGGCCCUGGUACAGAGGUAUGCAGAGGACUUAGAUCAGCCCGAGAGGGACGUCGCCACCAACAUGGACCAGAUCCGCGUGAAGCUGCUUCGGAAGCAGCACCGCAUGGCGAUCCCAAGCGGUGGACUCACAGAAAUCUGUAGGAAGCCCCUGUCUCCCGGAUGCGUCUCAUCCGUGUCGGAUUGGCUGGUUUCCAUCGGUCUGCCCAUGUACGCCAGUGCCCUCACUGAAGCGGGCUUCAGCACGCUGGGCCAAGUGCCUUCUCUGUCCCACACUUGCCUUCAGGAGGCCGGCAUCACAGAGGAGAGACACAUAAGCAAGCUCGUGUCCGCAGCCAGACUCUUCAAAUUGCCACCAGGCCCUGAGGCCAUGUAGCUAGGCCCGAAGUGGACCUCCCUGGACAAAUGUCACCCGUUCACUGUGUUUAUGAUGCUGAUGCAAUUCCUCCUUGGCUGGACAUGCAGACCAGACCCCGAAGAAAGGCCCAGUGUGUGGCCAACAGAACUCGGAAUCUUGGCACGGGACUCUCUUCUCCAGAAAAGCCCCCUCCAGGAAAUUGGUGUGGUUCUCUUCGACCCCCAAAGAAAAGACAAGCACUUAUUUCUUUUUCAGGACACAAUAGAACCAAGAUGCCGACUUGCCACAGAUGCCACGCCCUCCGUCUGUCUUGGUGCGCUGGGCAGGGCAGGGAGCAGAGGGAGGGGCAGCCUGUCCCGUUUCUCAGCGUGUUCCUCGCCUUCUGUCUGUCACCGUGCAGGGUUCCCGAGGCCCAGACGGGCUUUAGCCAGGCCAAAGUAACAGACUCGGGAGUGACUGUACACUAUUGACCAGGCUCAUGUGUUGAAAAGUAAGAAAAUCUGGCUGCACUAGAGAAAAAAAAAAGCCCUAUUCUCCUUUAGGUAAACAAGAGACAUUUUAAUAAUUGCUUUCUAGCAAUCAGCUUUUAUUUGCCUUAAUGUAAGCUUUGAAGCAGUUAUGUAACCUAGUGUUCACUACCCUAUAACCGUAGUUCCAGAUCUUCAGCUUAGACUGCCAUCUAACGUGUCUGGGAUGUUUCCAGCAGAAAUGGGCUUUUCUAAUUGUCUCACUCUAACAUGGCUUAUUUUAUAGGGGUGUUUAUCAGGCCAAAUUUCACGUUGACUUUCAGUUUUUAAACUAACUACAAAUCUGGUGAAAAAGCUCUCUGAAGUUCACAAAGCUAUCAUGUGUGAGAGUAUGUGUGUGUGUUUGAGGGUAUGAUCUUUCAUUUUAAUCAGUGUAGUAUUGUUCCCACGUCAGUCGUCAUGCCGCAGUAUUGGCUUGGAAUCUUGACCGUGUCCAUUCCAAAAUUCAGUCAUCAGCUAACAUCACCUUUGCGAAAGUUCAUUGUAAGUUGAAUAUUUCAGAAAGAUUUUUUUUUAAAAAAGGGAAGUAGUUUAUUAAAUAUUUUUAAGGUUUUCUUUUCUUUUGGUUUUAUAAUUAAAAUACUAUUUUCCAUCUUUUCUUAUUUAGAUAAUUCACUUAAAUAUGAUAAAGGUUCAUUUUGGAACCAAGCAAACUACAUUGGCCAUAUAUUAGGUAGCUGCAUAUUUUCCAUUGUUUUCCAGCUGAUUUCAGCAUUCUUUUUAGUCUAGUGUCUGAUUCGCUAGCAAACAGAAAUUAUGGUUUCCAAUUGCUGCAAAAUGAUUUUUCUUUACAUUCUUAUCAUGAGCCCUAUUUUAAGCAUUGGGUGUGAUCAUUUAUAAUAGAAGUGCUUUGAGCCUUGAUUAAAAAGUUCUAUAAUAUUUCAUCUGCUUAUGAAAACAAAUUAUAUCCCUUGGGAGGGGGGAAAAGGUGAUUUCAUUAAUUACAAAGCCAUUUUACCAUUUGCUUUAUAUAUCUAGAUGCAUGUUUCUGAGGAAAAGGACAUACUCAGGUGAUUUUUUUUUCAUGCUUUUUGGUAUGCAUUUUAAAGAAUAAUAUAUAUUUCUUCAAUAAUAGUCACCUUCUAUAAGAUGCCAUGUAAGACGUUGUGGAAACAGAAGAAAAAGCUAAAGCUGCCAAAUUUCUGUUGAACUCUUCAAAACAGCCCAUUUUUGUCAUCUGGGGUAUGACAUUCCUGUGGGAUGUAACAUUCCAUUUAGAAAGUAAUGAGGCUGCAGGGCUCUCCUAUAACUGUGUCACUAGAAGGAAUUUCAAGUGUGUGGUGAGGCGGGCGCUGUAAAACGGACUCCUCACCCUGCGUUUUCGGUGCCUCAGCGUGACACCUGAGAAAGCCUGCUCAUAGUAUAAGCUGAGCUAAAAGACCGCACAUAAAAUCAGGUAAUAGGUAACCAAGGAGAAGGCAAGAUCGUAUGUGAACUUCCAGGUGUUAGUUCAUUUUGACUGUAAGAUUUUCAUUUAAUGUAAAAGUGGUGCCAGAAAAGGGAACUUUCUGAAUAUGAGUUUUUGAGAAUGCCAAACUGUAUUUUUUUCAUUCUUCUUUGGAAAUCAUUGCCUUUGCAUAGACGUGAAAUUCAGGGACCAUGAAUCAUUUUCAGUGGGCAGGGCUUCCUAGUCUGUGGGAUCUGAGGUUGUUUUUACUUUAUUGUGCUUUUUUUUAAUCUUUUUUUUUUUAACUUUUAGUAUUUGUUUGGUCUUCUUUUGCUUUAAACUUUUCAUUUGAUCUUAGAAAAGCCUGCAUGUUUGUGUGUGGCAUUUGACCGAGGUGGUUUGGGGCCGCCUGUGGAUGCCAGAAGACAGCGGGUCGGCUUCAGCAAUAUCCAGUUUUAAUCCGUUGCGCUUGGUGCCGGAUAUUGAGGAAGGGUGAAAAGUGUUGUCUUUGGAAAGCACAAAAGAAACCUGGAAAGGCAGUUUGGCUCAGGUAGCCACACAUCCGUUGUGUGUCAUUUUUUUCCUUUGAAGCUGUCUACAAGAAAAUGCAGCCAGCCCCAACCACUACUUACAUUCCCAGAUAACCAAGAAGGAGAUAGAUUUUCAUGGCCUUGCCUUAGUCAGAGGCCCUUUUCUCUUUCCUGUACCCAAGUAUAGGUGAAAUUGGAAAUAACUAGUCUAUUGAAAGAUCGGUUCCUGACAGAGCAAAAUUUGCUUUCAUAAUUGCAGCAAAAGAAGUCAGUUCACCAAGUCAAUGCUGCAUGUGUGUACUGUAUUAUUUUCAGAAAAAAAAAUAUAGUCUGAGUCCAAGUUAUCUCGAUUUUAAAUUGAUAGCGAAACAAACUGUCAAGCAAGUUAUAUAACAACUAACAACAUUGCACUUUCUGUAUAUGAAAUCAAUAUUUAAAUAACUUAUUUUUCUCCAUUGCUGUUCUUAAACAUUGUAAGUAGCUGUAAUAUACCAGUACCAAUAUGUUCUUGCGAUUGCUUCAGCCCAAGAAAGCUGUGUAUUGUUUUAAAAAUUGUAAAAAUUAUUGUGAUGAUUCAUUUAGCAAAAAGAAGUGGACAGAAGGGUUUUCCUAUGUAUCAAAACUUGUCUAUAAUUGUCAUCUACGUACCUAGAAAAAAAAGUAAAUAAAUUUCUUCAGUUGAA